AUGUAACCGAAGUUUCAAAACUUGGUAUUAGUUACUUCAGUAAAAUUUAUGGUAAGCUUUUGGAAAUCUACAUAAUUGUUUAAAGCUAUAGGUGUGUAAAUUCAUGAUUGCUAUCAUCAUAUUUUAAAUUUAGAUCGAAAGGAUAAAAUAUAAGAGGUAAGCUAUAUGUCUUCCAUAAUUAUAGUUGGAGUUACCUCCAUAUGAGUUUUUUUGUGAGAAAACUAACCACUAGUUGUAGAUUUUUUCAUUAUGGUAAUAUUUAGCCCAUGUUGUUGGAAUUAACAUCUUACUAUUUUUAUUAUCUAAUAGAAGAUAUAGGAUAAUCGAGCAGACAAUUAGUUUUGAGUCUCAAGUAAUAUUUAAUAUGCAUAAUUUAAGACCUCUUCUUAUUGA